AUGGAAGGGAGGAUUAGGAUAUUGAAAAGGAUAGGAGAUGAGAGGGAUUGGAGGGAGGAGCAGCAGGAGGAGAAAGAAAAGGAGAGAUUGAGGGAGAGGGAGAGGGAGAGGGGAAGUGAGGAGGAAGUGGCGAUUGAGAUGAGAUAA